AGAGGAGGAGCAAAUGACAGAGAGAGAGCUUGAGCUCUUUAUUAAUAGAGACCCCCAGCUCCACACAGAUAAAGCAAAAUGAUCCAGAUCUGUGACGAUAAACUCCUCAUCUUUAACCUGCUGCUCCUCAUGUCAGUCUUGGCAUGUGAGACGAGUGAGAUCUUGACUUUCACUGCACAUGAAAGAGGGAAAGUUGAGAUACGGUGUCCAUAUGAGUCUGGAUAUGAAGAAGAUAAGAAGUAUCUCUGCAGAGGAGAAUGUCCAAUAGUGCUUAAAGACAAAGUUGUUGAAUCUGAAUCAGCAGCUCAAGACGAGAGAUUCUCUCUGAUUGACAACAAAUCAGCCCAGAUCUUCACCGUCACCAUCACUGAUCUGAGAACAGAGGAUCGAGGCAAAUACUGGUGUGGAGUAAAGACGGGAUUUGGAAAUUAUGAUUAUAACAGAGAGAUUUACCUGGAAAUUAAACAUGUGUCUCGAGUGUCUGCUGUGACUGGAGAGCAUCUGAAUAUUACCUGCCGUUAUAAAAGUGAACUGAAGAAUGAUGUCAAAUUCAUCUGUAAAGGAAGCAGCACGUCCCUCUGUGAGAAAUCAGCUAUCAAAGUUUCAUCAGAGAACAACAGUAAUGGACGAUUCUCUCUGAGAGAUGAUGCAUCUGCAGGAGUUUUUACUGUGAACAUCACUGAUCUGACAGAAGAGGAUUCUGGGAUAUACUGGUGUGGAGCUGUACAGAGAGGACAAGAGAGCAAGAACAAGUGGAUUUCAGUCACUGAUCUGAACAUUUCUGCUGUUACAUCAGAGAGGAUGUCAUCUAAACCAACAACAACAACAACAACAACAACAACAGUUUCAUUCCACACCAGCAAACCAGUGACAGCAGAUACUGCAUCUGACAAAACCAACACAUCUUCAUCGUCAUCAUCACCACCAUCAUCAGCAUCAGUGUUAAUGUUUUCCUCAUCAUCUGCUAAUGCUGGGUCACCAAAACCACAAUCAGGUUUUACACCAGUCAUCAUCCUGAUGGUCAUAGGGAUACUGACAGCGUUUGGAUUUUCAAUGUUCAUAUAUUUAAGACAAAGGCAAAAGAAAGAAGGAACGCAGCCCAAAGAUGUUAUUCAUGGCCCGACUAAGAAUCUGCCCAAUGGAGAAACUAGAGAAGCCACACAAACGGACUGUGAUUAUGAAGACAUCAGUAGCACACUUGAUCAUCCUGACUAUAGUCUGGUCCUUCCAGGAUUUACUGAAAAUGACGCCUCUGUUUAUGCUCUAGCACAAUUACCCAGCAGCCCCUCUGACAAUCUCAACUACUCCAGCAUCAAAUUUACAGCUACACAUCUUUCAGACAGGACUUCUGAUGGGCAGGAAACAUGCGACUAUGCAACUGUUAGACCAAAAGACUGUGGACAUUAAUAGAGACCAGGUUAAACCUGAAUGCUUCUCACUUGCUUUGUGAGUUGAAAUCUGAGGCCUUGGUAUUAUUUUGGAUAAAUCAGUAUUGAACACAUAAGAUUGUUUGACAUAUGUUUGCUUACAUUUAUGUCUGUAAUGUAUUCAUGCCCUCAAAUCCUUUAGUGCUACGUAACAAUAAAUCAAAGUGCAGAGCCAAGACUUGAGUGAAGAAAAGAAUGAUGUGAAAUGAGUGAAGAAAAGAAAUGUUGUGGUGUAUUAAUAAAAGUUAAAAUUAUUAACAAAUGUAACUGACAGGCUGAAAUGAGGUAAUUAUGAGCUAAUUAGUGGCUGAGAUCUACGUCACAACUCCAAACAUCUAUUCUGGUCAUUACAAUGUGUUCACAAUAAUUGUGCAACUUGCAAACAUGCACAAUUAUCUCAAAACCUCACGAUUAGCUCAAAAUCUCAUGUUUUUAUUUAUGUGUGUGAAUACUGCUAGAAUACAUCUUCAUAACCUGGACUGAUUAAGAUAUUUCUGCAGUCAGUCAUCUCACACAUCACUAUUAUAUAAGGUUCCCAUUUCGCCAUGCAUUAAAAAUGUACCAGAAUACCGUAAGUGUCUUGUAUUUCAAAAAGAGUUCUGGAAGUGAUGCACAUGAUUUAUCCAUGGCAUUUUUUAUUUUUUUUAUUUUUUAUUUUUUUUCAUAAAAUUAGUCAUUCCAUGAUCUAGAGACUU